AUGAAGGAGCCGAACAUUUUCGGGGAAAUUGAGCUUGGCCUUGUUUCCCCUGUAAUGGAGGGCAGCCUCGUCAUAUGCUCGGGCAGCGGCCUCGGGCGAGUCGAAGGUGCCGAGCCAGACACGGGCAGCUUUGUGAGGGUCUCGAAUCUCGGCUGCCCAUUUGCCCCACGGCCUCUGCCUCACGCCUCUGUACUUUCGAUGAUGAUGGUCCCAAGUUUGAAGAACUCCCAAUGGCAAAAUCAGUAUAAUUUUCAUAACAAUAUUGCGUAUCUUCAUCACGUGCCCUUUUACCACAUGGCGACGAAGACGAACAACUGCCGCCAUCAGCCGCCACAUCUCCGGCCAGCACACGAGCCAAAGCCGAAACCAUAG